AUUAACGUUUGAUUAAUCACAGUUCAGAAUGAAACACAGGUUGUUGAGGUAGUUUAAAAAGAAUGUUUGUCUUGUUAUUUUUAAAUUUAUGUGUUUAUAAUUUUCUGUAACAAUUACAAUGGAAUUUUAUCGCAUCUUUUAUCCAGUCUUCGGAUUAUUUUUAUCAUUUUUACAUUUGGUAACAGUACAACAAGUAUGGGAGAGAGCUCCCACACCUUAUGGCAAAAAUCGCACAAUUACAUGGUGUGUAGUAAAUAAAGAAGAAUUUUAUAAAUGUACAGUUCUAUCUAAAAUGCUGCAUACUAACAUAAUAACUGUAGGUUAUGAUGUUAUUAGUUUAAAAUGCUCAUUGGCUAUUAAUAAAGAAGAAUGCAUGGAAUGGAUAGAUCAAGAGAAAGCCACUUUAACUUCCUUGGAUGCUGGAGAAGUUUUUGAAGCAGGACGCUUUCACAGUUUAGUGCCAAUCAGUCAGGAAGGAUAUGGCCCUAAUAACAAGUGGGAUUAUUCAGUUGCUGUUAUAAAAAAGGGUAGUCUACCUGAUGUAGCAAGUAUAUCUGGUUUAAGAGGCAAAAAAGCAUGUUUUGCUGGUGUUGGAAGCUUCUCAGGAUGGAUUACUCCAGUUUAUGUUCUUCUUAGAGAAGGUGGACUAGAAGUAGUUGACUGCAACAAUCAUGUGAAGAGUGUAACAAACUUUUUUGGGCCCUCAUGUGCUGUAAAAGCUCUCUCAGAUAAUUACAAUCCACUCGGAGACAAUUCUGACAAGUUGUGUGUCCUAUGUAUUGGUAAAGUACCAGGUGAAAGGUGUACAGAAGGAGAUCCUUAUGCAGGUUAUGAAGGAGCUUUCAGAUGCUUGGUUGAAAAUGGUGAAGUUGCCUUUUUAAAACAGACAACUGUUCUUCAGUUAGCAGACAGUGAUGAAUAUCCUGGUCUGAGCAAGAAUUCAUUUGAACUUCUGUGUCGUGAUGGGAGUCGAGCACCUGUUGAUAAUUUUAAAGAAUGUAAUUGGGGCAAAGCACCUUCUAACGCCAUAGUGACGACUUCUGCCGCUUCUUAUGAAGAUCGUAAACUUUACCAAAAAUUCCUUCAAAAGAUCUCUGAAAAAUUUACUACUGUAAAACCAACAACGCAACGGGGUUUUACAACAAACAAUCAGUAUAAUCCAAAUCAAAACAAUCAGUACAGUCCUACUCAAGGCAAUCAGUACAAUCCUACACAAAACAACCAAUACACCCCAAAUGCGUUUAAUCCGUACUACCCCUACAGUCCGUAUAAUAGCAGUCAACCACGUUUCAAGCGUCAGUCAGCCAAUAACGAUGAUCCUUACAUCGAUCCUAGUAAUAUUAAUAGAAACGAAUAUGGUGUGCGCAUUGAUCCAUAUGGUUUACCACCAAAGCGCAUUUCAUCCUUUGAAGAAACCACCAGCGGUCCUGAUGACAGUAACACCACAUAUGAAAGUUUUGAUUUGUUUGGUUCAGAAUUAUAUGGUUCACGUAAAAAUCUAAUUUUUCAGGAUUAUACACGCAACUUUGUAUCGCUUUCGGAAAAUCAGCAAAGUUAUUCCGGUUUUCUGGAAAACUCGUUAAAUCUCAUUUAUGGUGUCCGGAGUUGUCCAGUUGAUCAUAUGACACUUUGCGUCACAUCCGAUGCAGAAUUCGAAAAAUGCGUUAAAAUGAGAGUUGCAUUAAAAGCUCAACUUGUAAAACCGGAGAUGCGUUGUGAAAAGGGACAUUCGCAAAUUCAUUGCAUGGAAGCUAUAAAAUCGGGCGCGGCGGACGUAACUGUUCUAGAUGCAAGUGAUGUUUAUACUGCUGGUCUUAAUUAUGAAUUAGUGCCUUUCAUAAGCGAAGUUUACAAUUUGGGCGAGCCGUACUAUUACGUUGUUGCUGUUGCUAAAGAAGCUGAUCCUGAUACUGAAAUGACCUACUUAAAAGGGAAGUAUACGUGUCAUGGUGGAAUUAACACUGCUGCUGGUUGGGUAAUACCCCUAGCUUUUCUUAUCAGUAAUUCUUGGAUUCGUCCUUACGGUUGUAAUAGCAUCCGUGCUGCAGCAGAAUAUUUUACGAAAAGCUGUGUUCCUGGUGCCUUAAGUACAGAAUACAACACAGGAGUGCCUUACGAUAAUUUAUGUGAUUUGUGUCACGGUAGCAGUUUCAGGUACUGCAGAAGAGAUGCCUCGGACGAUUACUACGGACACACAGGGGCGUUUAGGUGCCUUGUAGAAGGUGGAGGUCAUGUUGCCUUUGUCAAACAUACAACCGUCAUGGAAAACACAGGUGGAAAACGAAAAGAAUGGUGGGCUCGAGAUGCACUCAUGGAUGAUUUUGAAUUACUGUGUCCUGAUGGAACUCGAGCAGAAGUACAAAAUUACGCUACUUGUAAUAUGGGAAAAGUUAAAGCUAAUGCCAUUGUGACAAGAGGUGGUUAUUCUUAUAACGAAACUCAAAUCAAUGCCUACAUCAAUCUUUUUGGCUAUGCACAGACUUUAUAUGGUAGAAAGAACGCUGACGAAUUCAGUUUUAGCAUGUUUUCAUCACCACCACCGUUCAGUGAUUUAAUUUUUCAAGACGCCACUCAGCAACUGAUGAUCAUUCCUCCAGAUCAACGUUAUUAUUCUGUAUAUUUGGGUGAAAAUUUCAUGAAAGCCAGAAGAAUUGUCGACUGUUAUGCAGCAAGUGUUAGCAUACAUUCCUCUUUCUUCAUCACUUUGCUAUCUUCGAUUGUUGCCUUAUUCCUAAGUAAGGUAUAAUUUUUUAACAUUCCUCUCUUAGAAAAGAAAGUGAUUAAAAACUAAGACUAACGAUUAUAAAGUUUUGGUGAGUAUUCAAUUCAGUACAACAAUUUUUUUAUAAUUAUAAGCAAGUCCAUUUAUACAUUAUAUUUGUAAUAUAUAUUAUGCAAGUAUACGUGAGCAACUGUAGAAUAAUUUUUAUGACAAGUUAUGUGUGAAUUAUCACACAACAUUCUUAAUUUAUUUUUUUUAUUAGUGUCCGUUUCUUUAUUCACUUGCUCUUAUUUUUAUUGUGGUAGAUUUAAUGUUUUUUAAAGUUUUUAAAAACUAUUAUUAAAUUAUUUAUCAAACAACAAAUUGUCACUACCGUACAAAUUAUACCUUUAAUGUUACUUAUCUAUGCGAUAGGUAAUAGCACGUAAGUGAUCGUAUGUUACUCGUUCAUUCAAAGAUUAGUACCUAAUUGUAAUCUCAUUUAUAUACCUAAGCAUAUUCAAGUAAGUUAUUUGCAAUGCUUAUUAAGUUUUUUAACGUCCAUAGACUCCGUCCAUUUUGAUUUGUAUAGAAGACUUACAUAUAUAUACAUCAUAGAUAAAGAUGUAUUAUUUUAAGGGCUUUGUAGAUUUUUUAAAAAUAAAUAUAAAUCUGUUAAACUGUAA